CGAUAUAUAAAUACUACAUGCCAGGUUCUUCAUCAUCUUACUCUUACAACGCGGCUACAACAGGUAACGACCCUCCAGCGUCGGGGAUUCGCAAACCGCUUGAGAUGGGAGACGGACACAGAACAUGCAGAAAAGAUCGAAUCUCUUGGCAAAGACCCACUUGCAGUCUUUUCUUACUGUCAUAAGCAUGCCCGAGAACUGAAGACGAGAGACUGGCUGGCAGCAUUGACGUUCUUAUGACCAAGCCUAAUAAGGCUCUCCAACGUUUGAUUUCGCUUUUUAAAUCAAAUACUAGAAAAUACGUGUUAGUACAUAGAAAUUUACGUUUAGUAUAAGCAUAAGUGGGCGCGAUAUCAUCGCCUGUGCAUGAUCUUUGGAUCAAAAAUUGCCGCCUUUCAUGCUUUUUCAUUCCGGCUGACGACGCAGCAGGAUAAAUUUGAUAGCUCGUGGCCUGGGUUUGCACUCUUCAAUGCAGGAGUGAUCGAACGAGUACAGCUAUCUUCUGUGUCUACCUCUGGUAGUCCUCCU